AUGCGCCGAGGCCCUGUCCGCCCCCAAGACAGCAAGCUCCGCGAUAACGCUUCCGAGACCGCCGUCCUGGUUCACAAGCUCAAGACGGCGUUAAAGACCCUCUUGAACGAUCGCGACCACCGGCGUAGGUUCACUGGCGUCGUCCUUGUCAAGGCCGUCGUCGAUGUCGGUGGGUGGGAGACACUUCGCAGCUCUGAGCCGUGGGUUCGCGGCCUCAUCGCCGUGCUUCAGAAGAAGGAUCCCAUCGGGUCCAAAGAGCUUGCCGUGGUGGCCCUCACGAGGAUAUACAGCCAGCUCCACGGGUACCAGACACUUGUGAGGGAGAUAGCCACACCUACGAUUCCCGGAUUCAUCACCGCGUGCCUGCAGCUCCUGAAAUCCUCUGCCCCCGGCCAACCCCUUCGCGCCCCCGUCGCCGUCGUGGAGACAAUCAUCGGUGCUCUCGCCACCGUCAUCCCGCUGUACCCAACCACUUCCCGCCCGUUCGUCUCGCAGAUUCGCACCGCGAUUCGGCCUUUUCUCGUCCCCACCCUCUCCGACGAGUUCGUGGUCCCCGCGAGUCUGCAGGCGGCCAGCCGCAGACUCGCCAUCGCCCUCCAUUACACGGCACCGAAAUCCGGGGCUCUGAAGAGAAACGUGGAGCCGCCGCCUGGUUAUGUCGCUUCCAAGGUCGUCCUCGGCGAAGCGCCGCGGGGCGGUGGCGAUUCGGCCGAUAUGCUGCCAGCCUGGGUGGGCGUUGGCCCCGGAAGCCAGCGCCUCAUCGGCCUCCUUGGCUUCAUGGCCGAGUUCAUCCUCCAGCCCACCAAAAGCCCCAUAUCCAUCCCCGUUGGCGUUCUCGUCGACGCGGUAUCUCGUGUCGCCCAGAUCGCGAGGCACUCGCCCAAGUCACAAACCGCCGCGCUCGAACUUCUCCUCGCCAUCUGCAGACGCUUAGGGAGCAGCUUCGUGCCUGUCGUGCUGGAGACGCUGGACUAUACCCUUCGCAUCUUCAAAUCCGGCAUCAACACCGCGUCCGUUCGGCAGGUGAGCUAUAACCUUCUCAACGAGAUCCUACCUUUGAGUGGACCCACCAUGGGCAAAGAUACCGUUUCAACCCUCGACCUCACCAACGAUAACUCAGCUACCGGCCCCAGCCUCGAACCCGCUCACCGGCUAGCAGCCGAGAAGCUCCUCGUGGGGUUCCUCUCGCAUCUUCCCCAGCGUCGCCUCCGGCCCGUCCUGCGCAGCCUCCUCGAUCAGACCGCGAUCCUCACGCAGAACAAGGACGCCAUGCUUGCCAGUGUGCUCAACCCUUUCCGAAAUAAGCAGAGCAAGAUGGCCCCCAGCAUCCUACCCUUCCUAUCCCAGCUGCACCCCAACGACCAAGCGCUCGAGAUUAUCCGCAGCAACAUGCGCCAAGAUGUCGACAUGGAAAACAGCCCAUCUGGUGAUGAACCCCUUGCCGCCAUGGUCGACGAGCUGGAGGUCUCGCCACCAGCUGAAACUCCCGUCUUCGAAGCUGUUGCCCCUGUGCACGAUCCUCCCAAGGAGAACCCGUUUGCCCCCGGGCUGCGGUCGACGAUAUCUUGGCGCCAGCGCCUGUCGCCCCCGGCAGACGAUGACGACUCAGAUGAUGAGAGCGUGAAACUUGUAGCUAGUUUUGACUCGGACCCCGAGAUGGAUGAGGCCGAGUAG